AUGUAAUAUAAUUAAUCUGGGGAAUGUUUAUAAUGUUAAGACGGUUAUUAAUUAGAUUAAGAAAGUAAAUAAUGCGUAGAAAUCGCUACUAGAGUUCUAGAUCAAGUACAAAUAUGUAAUGAAGAUGAAGGAUGUGCUUAAUGUUCUGAAUUUGGAUUUUGUUAAGAAUGUAAAGUAGGUUAUUAUGAUACUGAGAAAUACUUUUUUGGUUCUAAUCCAAGGAAAGAAUGUAAAAUAUGUAAAGAUUAUAUCCCUAAAUGUGAAUAAUGUACUAAAUAUACGUGCAAUAAAUGUUUAUCCCUCCAUUAAUAUGAAGCUUAUAAAGGAGAAUGUUUUGAUAUAAACAUGGAUGAAUCUCUAGUAAAAUGUGACGAGGGAUGUGAUGUAUGUAUUUAUACAGGAAUGUGUAGUGCAUGUAAUGAUGGUUAUCAUAAAGAAACUUUAAUAUUAAAAAUUUUUUAACGCAUAUAAAAGAAAUUUAAUAUAGAUAAUAAUAUUUAACAUUAAAUUAUAAAAUACAUCAGAUAUUUUCAAAAUGCAUAUGUCUGA